UCCGAAUUUCACAGACACAUUAACUGUGUAUUUCGUGAUACUAACACAUACCAAUAUGAGAACUUGCAUCGUGUUCGCCCUCUGCGUGGCCGUCGCCACAGCCGCUUCGGUCGGCAACGAUCGGGAGGCGAGCGUUCUCCGAUAUGACAACAACAACAUCGGCGUCGACGGAUUCAACUACGCGUACGAGACGAGCAACGGCAUAUCGAGCCAAGCGCAAGCGCAGCUGAAGAACGCUAACUCAGAAAACCCAGCUCUUGAGGUCCGCGGUCAGUUCGCGUACACCGGCCCAGACGGCGUUGUCUACACCGUGACCUACGUAGCCGACGAGAACGGCUUCCAACCACAGGGCGCACAUCUCCCCCAGUCCCCCUAAGCGAAUCUACCCAAGGAUAUUUGACUGAUUGUUAUGCUAGCGAUUAGGUAUUACAUGUUUUUGAUUUA